AUGACGGCAAUCGACCGAUGCUUGGCCUCGAUGGCCAGGCUAAGCGUCGCACAGGUGGCGCGUCCGUCGACAACCUCAAUACCAAGAUUCCUUGCGCCUGCAUUUGUUCAGACUCGACAGGCUUCCGUUGUCAGGAUCAAAAAGGUCACCAAGAAGCGUGCCAUUCCCAAAGACUUCAAACGACACAACCUCGACAAGAGACAAUUUCCUCAAUUUUCGCUAUGCGAGGCUAUGCGCGUCCUCCGAGCUGUCGAAGUUGGCCAGCCCCCUGCCUCUAUCAAGUACGAAGUCCACAUCAACCUCAAAACCGCACGCAACGGCCCUGUAGUCAAAAAUAGCAUCCGCCUCCCGCAUCCCGUCCAAACCGACUGGCAGAUUGCAGUAAUUUGCCCCGAAGGCAGCGAGAUUGCAAAUGCAGCAACAGCUGCUGGCGCCGUUGCCGUCGGAGAGGACACCCUUUUCGACGCUAUCCGCAAGGAGAAGAUCGACUUUGACCGCCUCAUCUGCCAUGAGAGUAGCGAGAAAGCCCUGAACAAAGCUGGGCUGGGAAAGAUCCUCGGCCCCAAGGGACUGAUGCCCAGCAAGAGAAUGAAGACCAUUGUCAGCGAUGUAACCAAGUCCAUCCGUGAUUCGGCUGGCGCAGCCGACUACAGAGAGCGACAGGGUGUUAUUCGCAUGGCAAUUGGACAGUUGGGAUAUACCCCCGAUCAGCUGAAGGCCAACAUCCAAGCCUUGUUAAAGAAGGUUAAGUCGGAGUGUGCUGAAAUCUCAGAAGAGGUGUCCAAGGAGGUGCACGAGGUGAUUCUAAGCACUACCAAUGGACCCGCUCUGAGUCUUAGUGGAAAGUUCAAGGACGUUGAUGGUGAGACGCAGCCUGAGGCUUUGGCUGGUGUCAUGUAA